AGGAUGAUGAACCUCCUUCUCCAUCGAUCGAUAGUGGUAGUACGGCAGCCACCGUGACUAUGGUUCAUCAACCGAAUACGAAAGAUCAUAAUAAAUAUCCAGAACAUGUGACAAGUGUGACCUAUGUGGUACGAAAACAUUAUGAAAAUUUUGAAACUAUUGAUUGGUUGAAAGAUUUGAUGAGAAAUCGUAUUCGUCAUCGAAUAUUGAGAAGUCAACGACGUGAUAGUUGUCGAAAACGUUUUUUAUAUUAUUAUGAUGCAUGGAGUGGAUGGAUAUGUGUGUUGUUAGUGGGAAUAUCAGCUGUAGCUGGUUUUGUUGAUAUUGGAGCAAAAUGGAUGAGUCAUUGGCGAACAGGCGUAUGUAAAAAAGCAUUUUGGUUAAAUCGAGAACAAUGUUGUUGGGGUUCAACAGAUGUUCAUUUCGAUGAAGUACACAACGAAAUAUGUUCACAUUGGCAUAGUUGGUCUGAUAUAAUUGGUCUGACGCAAACGACUGCAGCUGCAUGGUUUUUUCGGUAUUUUAUGUUCGUAUCGUGGUCUGUCGUAUAUGCAGCAUUCAUUGUUGUAUUAGUGGUUG